CAACAAGCGAGGGAGAACGAGACGAGCGUAAAAAUCUAUUAACAUCCAAGAUCUAACAUCAUGUCGGAGCAGGCCGGGCAGCUCGAACAGGUCACUGAAAAUGCCCCUGUCGAGAGAAAAGUUCUCGCAUCCCAUUGCUCUGGAGUUGUCAAGUGGUUUAAUGUGAGAAACGGUUACGGUUUCGUUAACCGCGACGACAACAAGGAGGACGUGUUCAUUCACCAGACCGCCAUCAUCAAAAACAACCCAAAGAAAUAUCUUCGAAGUGUUGGUGAUGGAGAAAACGUAGAGUUCGAUGUAGUGGAAGGUGAAAAGGGUUUGCCUGAAGCUGCAAAUGUAACCGGACCGAAUGGUGAGCCUGUAAAAGGCAGCAAGUAUGCUGCUGAUAGACGCAGAUACAAACCACGCUACAAACCAAGACCCAAGGAGCAUACUCCGGAGGGAAAUGAGAACCAAGAGGGUGAGACUGAAAAUGUUAGCCCUGAGGGAAUGGCCCGUAAUCAGCAGCGUCCACGCCGCUAUUACAGAAGACCUUUUUGGAUCCGAAGGGGGCCUAGAAAACCACAGCAGAUAAAAGGGGAGGAUGGAGAGAAUGAAAGAGCGGAGGACGGUGAUCCGGAGCAAAAACCAGAACAACGAAGAAGACCACGUAAGCCGAGACCUCGUCGUCCUCGUAGAGAACCGGAGGAAGGAGAAGCAAAGGAGAAUGGAGUGGUUGCUGAUCAUGUUGAAGGGGAAGAUGGCGAACAACCUCAACGACAACGUAGACCAAGAAAGCCACGUUACCGACCAAAACGGUCCCCACAAGACGGGGAAGCUGAGGUAAAUGGUGAGGUCCCACGUGAGAAUGGAGAGGAGGGUGAACAACGGCCAGCUCGUCGCCGACGUCCCCGCAACCGCCCAAAGGGACCAAGACGCCCCAAACCCACGGAGAAUGAGAACGGCAAUGCUGUACCAAAUGGACAAGAGAAUGCUGAUGCACCUGUCGCGCAGAGCCAGGUUCCAGUACCAAAAUCAGAGUAAAAAGCGCGAUCAGCGCUCGGUGGAGGGGUGGUUGUUUCGUCAUAUUGUUGUAGCGUCAGGACAAUAAUGCUUUUUAAGUUUUCCUUGUGUGCAUGGCCACCGUCGCCCUAGCUUGCACCGUAGAUUUAGUUAACACCCCAACAGCAGCAAGAACCCCUGACCGAUAAAUACUGCUUCUCUAACACCUUCUCGAAUUUCUGUAAUUGGUCGACCCUGCGCAUGCGGUCGCACGACACUGAAUGUUUCCACCACGUAAUUUUGAAAAUUUAAGCUCAAAGCGCAUUAACAUCACAAGCAUUUUAAAGCAGCACUUGUGCCUGUAAUUCACAGUGCUGAUAAAGGUUAACAUCUAGUUUAUGAAGUAAAUUCUGUGUCUGAGACGUUUACCACCGGGCCUGUCUCUGCACACGGACUACAAUAAAAGGCCCUUUAACCAGUUAUACUUGAAUAAGCGUCCACGGAACGCCCCUCGCCCGAAAUUUUCAUCGUUGGUUGUUGUUGUUGGGUUAAUAUUUAGUUUUCAUCUGAUACAUUUAGUUGUUCACACCAAAACGAUAACGUGGCGUUGAUUCCGGCCGGGAACACCAAAACGUUACUCGUUAUCAACUCCACUUGAUUGUCGCUGUUGUAACGAGUGCGUUUGCAAUCAAUAUUGCUGUUUUCCUUUGCUGCUUGUUCAGUUUAAUUUAGUUCACUGUAAAUUAAAUUCGGUUGUUCCCAGCCAAAAUAAACCAUACCAUUUCA